CGCCGUUUGCUCUGCAGAAACCAUGGCCGACGACACCAAGCCCGAUGCGGACACUGUGCAGGUACUGCGGGACAUGGCCAACCGCCUGCGGAUCCAUUCCAUCAGGGCCACGUGUGCCUCCAGCUCCGGCCACCCCACGUCGUGCUGCAGCGCCGCCGAGAUCAUGUCCGUGCUCUUCUUCCACACGAUGAGGUAUAAACCCACAGACCCAGACCACCCCGACAACGACAGGUUCAUCCUCUCCAAGGGCCAUGCAGCUCCAGUCCUCUAUGCCGCCUGGGCAGAGGUGGGCGACAUCAGCGAGUCCGACUUGCUGAACUUGAGGAAAAUUCACUGUGACUUGGAGGGACAUCCCACCCCACGACUGUCGUUUGUUGAUGUGGCAACAGGAUCUCUUGGGCAAGGACUAGGUGCUGCGUGUGGAAUGGCUUAUACUGGCAAGUACUUUGACAAGGCCAGUUACCGGGUGUUCUGCCUUAUGGGAGAUGGGGAAUCCUCGGAAGGGUCCGUCUGGGAGGCUUUGGCCUUUGCUUCCCACUACAAUUUGGACAAUCUCGUAGCAGUGUUCGACGUGAACCGCUUGGGACAAAGUGGCGUUGCACCCCUUGAGCACUGCACCGACAUCUAUCAGAAUCGCUGUGAAGCCUUUGGGUGGAAUACUUACUUAGUGGAUGGCCAUGAUGUGGAAGCGUUGUGCCAAGCAUUUUGUCAAGCAGCUCAAAUGAAGAACAAGCCCACUGCCAUCAUUGCAAAGACCUUCAAGAGCCGGGGUAUUCCAAACGUUGAGGACGCGGACAGUUGGCAUGGAAAGCCUGUGCCAAAAGAAAGAGCAGAUGCAAUCGUCGAAUUAAUUGAGAGUCAGAUACAGACCAACAAGAAUCUUAUGCCGAAACCCCCUGUUGAAGACUCACCUCAGAUCAGCAUCAGGAAUAUAAAAAUGACCCGUCUGCCUGAUUAUAAAGUUGGUGACAAGAUAACUACUCAAAAAGCAUGUGGUUUGGCUUUGGCUAAACUGAGCCAUGAAAAUAAAAGAGUUAUUGUCCUGGAUGGUGACACAAAGAACUCCACCUUUUCUGAGAUAUUCAAGAAAGAACAUCCUGAGCGUUUUAUUGAGUGUUUUAUUGCUGAGCAAAACAUGGUAAGCGUGGCAUUAGGCUGUGCCGCACGUGGUCGAACCAUUGCUUUUGUUAGUACCUUUGCUGCCUUUCUGACCCGAGCAUUUGAUCAGAUCCGAAUGGGAGGCAUAUCACAAGCCAAUAUCAAUCUUAUUGGUUCCCACUGCGGGGUGUCCAUUGGUGAAGAUGGACCCUCGCAGAUGGCCCUGGAGGACCUAGCCAUGUUCCGAAGCAUUCCCAAUUGCACUGUUUUCUAUCCAAGUGAUGCCAUCUCGACAGAGCAUGCUGUUUAUCUGGCUGCGAAUACCAAAGGGAUGUGCUUCAUUCGGAUCAGCCGACCAGAAACUGAAGUUAUUUAUACUCCCCAAGAAAAUUUUGAGAUUGGACAGGCCAAGGUCAUCCGCCACAGUGAUAAUGACAAAAUCACAGUUAUUGGAGCUGGAGUCACUCUGCAUGAAGCCUUAGCAGCUGCUGACCAUCUUUCUCAACAAGGUAUUGCUGUUCGUGUCAUUGACCCAUUUACCAUUAAACCUCUGGAUGCUGCCACCAUCAUCUCCAGCGCAAAAGCUACAGGCGGCCAGGUUAUCACAGUGGAGGAUCACUACCAAGAAGGUGGCAUUGGAGAAGCUGUCUGUGCAGCUGUCUCCAGGGAGCCUGACAUCCUUGUUCAUCAGCUGGCAGUGUCAGGAGUCCCUCGAAGUGGGAAACCUAGCGAAUUGCUGGAUAUGUUUGGAAUCAGUGCCAGACACAUCAUAGAGGCCGUGAAAUAUACUUUAAAGAAUUAAAAUGGCUGAUUUCUUAAAAAGUCAGUCUGUUGGUU